AUGUCGAAUACAUUGGAGAAAGUUCUCAUGGUUGUAACACUGCUGUAUCAAUUUGCCUUUUUCAUGACAUUUUGGGGGCACUGUUGCUUCAGAACAAGCUGGCUUGGUUUGGAUGUUUGGUUGUAUAAGAAAUCCCUAUCCUUGAUUGACAUUAUCUUGGUGAGCUUACCCAUCUCCAGAAUCUGUUUGUUGUGUUUGAUAUCUUUAGAUGGCUUUUAUUUAUGUAUCUCCCGAGAUAGAUAUGCCGGUAGCAAGCUAAUGAGCAUUGUGGAUGUUUUCUGGACACUUAGCAAUCAUUCAAGUGUCUGGUUUACUUCUUGCCUCAGCAUGUUCUAUUUACUGAAGAUAGCCAAUAUAUCCCACCCAUUUUUCCUCUGGCUGAAACUAAAGAUUAACAGAGUCGUCCUGGGGAUUUUUCUGAUGUCCUUCCUUACCUGUAUAACUAUUAGUGUUUCAUUGAAUGAGGACUUCUGGGAUCCCUUCAAAGGCAAUCAUAAGGAAAACAUAACUUGGGAAUUCAAAGUGAGUAAAAUCCCAAGUGCUUUCAAACUGGUUAUCCUGAACCUGGAGGCUAUCAUUCCCUUUGUUCUUUGCCUAACCUCAUUUCUCUUGUUACUUUUCUCCCUAUUUAAACAUACCAAGCAGAUGAAACUUAAUGCCACAGGGUCCAGAGACCCCAGCACAGAGGCCCACAUGAGGGACAUAAAGGCAGUGAUCAUCUUUCUGCUUCUCUUCAUUAUGUACUAUGCAGUCUUUCUUGUAGUAACCUCUAGCUUGCUGAUUCCUCAGGGAAAAUUAGUGGUGAUGUUUGGUGGCAUGAUAGCUGUCAUUUUCCCAUCAAGCCAUUUGUUCAUCCUGAUAAUGAGGAACAGCAAACUGAGGGAGGCUUUUCUGAAAGUGCUAAAUGUGAAGAGUUUCCACAGAAGAAGGGAACCUUUCGAAAAAAUGAAUCCAAAUCCCAUGCUAACAUUUCAUAUCAUUGCCUAA